AUGAUGGAACUAUUACGAAUCUAUCAGAAUGAAGGCGAACAAGGUUUAAUACAACGACGCGAUCGUAUCACUAUUCAAGAGCAUGACUACAGAUGGAUACUCCCGAAUGUGUAUUUGACUCUAUUACCAUCAUCAUCAUUACCAACCGAAGAAAUUUCUUUGAAUGACGAACCAAUCGACAUAUCGGCUGAGAUGAUUGAACAAUUAAUAAAUGAAUCUUUGCCCGAACGAAAGCUUCGAUCUCGAAUAACAACGGAAAAAGACGAGGAGAAGAAUCCGACUUGUUUUCCUGCUAAGGCUAACACUACUGAGCCGACAGAAGUUUCAAAUACGAAACCUCAUCCAGCAGAACAAACACAAUCAACAGUUUCAAAUUCUAAUCAUUCAUCAUCGUCCGGUUCGAUCUCACAAAUAUCAAGAAAAUCAGAUAACAGCCAUACAAUACAAGGUGAGUCCAAUUUGAAAGAAGAUUAUUACUUUUCAUCUUACCCUUCUUUCCGAAUAGAUAACGAGAUCGUCAAGUCGACCAAAGAAUCGGCCCCUACUGUUCGAUUCCAUGCGGCUACUAUUAAUCGUUCAAAUUCUACUGUGGUUGAAGUAGCCACAUUUGAACGUAUUCGAAUUUCAACUCUAACUGGUUUAAAUCUCUAUCCAUUGCCACCAUCAUCAAUUACAAUUAAUCCGACUGUUAACGUAGUCGAUAAUAGUACCGGUCGUCAAGGUGAAGAGCUCGUUUUUCGUUUUCUGCAAUGGAAACAUCCAAAUAAACGUGUCGAAUGGAUGAAUGCUAAACAAGAAUCAGGUCUUCCAUAUGAUAUUCAAAUUAGAACAAAUAAUAAGAUUGAACUGAUCGAAGUGAAAACAACACGGAUCCAUGAUCAACAUACAUUUCAAAUAUCAAUCGGCGAAAUUGAAUGUCUACUUGAAAAUCCCAUGAAUUAUUAUAUUUAUCGAGUGUACUAUUCCGACGAUCCUGACUCGACAAAAAUUACAAUACUCAGUCAAGUGAAAUGUCAUUUAGAACAGAAACAACUUGCACUUUGUAUGACCAUUAUGCAACGAGCCGAUGAACAAUAA